AGAAGGUGCCAAGGCUAGCCCAAGUCUUAAUCCUCCCCAGACCAUUUGAGGAGAUGUUAUGUUCAGAUCACACCUUCCUUGGGUACCUUAUGUGAAUCUAUGAACCAGGGCCUUCAGUUGAACAAGGUGAUUAUCAUCCUCGGGAGGAGCAUUUUAGAUCAGUUGUGGGAGGUCAGCGCAGGGUGGGGGUGGUAUUACUUCAUCUCUAGGGCUUCAUAUCUUAGUCAGGAAAAGGGGAAAUUACCAAAUUUGCCCAACCUGCAAGAGAUAUGAGAAGGUGAAUUAGGGCUUGUUAUUUUCAUUGAGGCAAAUAGAUGAAAGAAAGAAUGAACAGUUUAACCACUGGGAUCAUAUCCAUAUUAUCAGGCUAAAAGCCUCCCUUUCCAAUGGUACAGAUCCUUAUUCCUGAUGCACUUACUUUGGCUGCAAAUAAACUAUAGAGUCAGAUUCCACUUCUCCUUGUCCAUUUAUUUUUUUCUCUUGGUAUCUAUGACACUACGCUUUCCUCAUUUUCCUCCUAUCUCUGUGUUCACAGCAUGUGCUGGCUCUUCCUCUACUCAGCCCCUAAUUGCUGCAGCACCCUCUGGCCUGGGCCCCUGCCCUUCUCCAUCUUCACACUCCUCCUAGGAGAGAAUUGCUAAAAGCCACGGGUCCCAGUGUGGGUUCUGCACCCCCGGCAUCGUCAUGAGCAUGUACACGCUGCUCCGGAACCAGCCCGAGCCCACCAUGGAGGAGAUCGAGGAUGCCUUCCAAGGGAACUUGUGCCGCUGCACAGGCUACAGACCCAUCCUCCAGGGCUUCCGGACCUUCGCCAGGGGUUGGCACAUUACAAAAAGGAGUGUUUCAUCCAAAGAGCUGCAAAGGGGUGGAGACGGAGACAAGCCUGUGAGGAUGGAAAACACCACACCCUGCGGAGUGCUGUUAAUGAUGAGGAACCAGGAGACAUGAAUUUAAAUGAAAAUGAUUGAAAGCUCAGAUACGGACUCUGCAGACCUGGGUUAAAAUCCCAUUCCAUCACUUAAUUGAUGCAUGACUUUGAGCAAAUUUCUCUGUUUCUAAAAUGGGGAUUAUAAUAAUACCUCCUUAUAGUGUCUGUGGAACGUACUUCUUGUAAAGCUCUUAGAACAAUGCCCGGCACAUCUUAAGUGUUCAAUAAAUGGCAACUAUAAAUUA